AGUCUUCUCACUUGCCUCCGAUUCAGCAGGUUCUCCUACAACAUGGCGGCCCGUGUCCUGCAGCACUGUGUCCGCUCGCUCGCCCGGCCCUCGCUGAGGCUUUGCCCGGUCAGCCUCGCGCUCAGAGCGGCUGUCGUCCCGGAAGUCACCGUCCACCUCCCUUUCUCCUUCGUCGCAGAUAGCCGGAGGACGCGGUGGCUGGAACAGAGCAGGAUCUCAUCAGUGGGGUUGAUGUGCCGACAGUAUGGCGACCUGCCCCCUCUCACUCUUGAAACCAUCAAAGACCGUGUCUUGUAUGUACUGAAACUCUAUGACAAGAUCAACCCAGAAAAGCUUCAGGCAACCUCCCAUUUCAUGAAAGACUUGGGCUUGGACAGCUUGGACCAGGUGGAGAUCAUAAUGGCCAUGGAAGACGAGUUUGGCUUUGAGAUCCCAGAUGCCGAAGCGGAGAAGCUCAUGACUCCUGAGGAGAUUGUACAUUACAUUGCAGACAAGAAGGAUGUUUAUGAAUGAUAGUUCAAAGAAGGUGCCCACCCCAUGGGAAGUACUUAAGAAGCAGAUCGGCGCCAGUUUUUUUCCCACUUUGACAUCUCCCCCGCCCCUCCUUCAAGCUCUUCGGUCCAUCGUAGCGACGUCUGCAAUCGCCUGCCGUGUCUUGUGUUUCACUGUAUUUAAAACGAACAUGUGAGUGGGAGCUUGGAUGUUAAAAAGCUGUAUUAAACGAGGAUCUAUCACGGCCCUGAGUUUCAUUUUGCUUCAGGUUCCAGCCUGUCAAAUUGAUGUAUGAUUUUUCUCUUGAAUAGAUCAAUAAAGUCAGGAUGUUGGGUUCUGUAAA